CACAGCUGCGCUACCAUCCGCUUCGCUAUUUACCCGAACUUUGAGAAUUACACUCCGUGAAGUGGUACUAAACACUAUUGAGUAGCCAAUCAUCACAGGCUUUCUAACAAAUCAGUACAAGUCUUCAGGAGUGAAGGAGCAUUCGAUCAUACAUCGACUCACUCUGGAUGGCUUUACCUCCUUUGUAGCGGAGACCAUCUUUUCGCAUGCUAAGUGAAAACGGUUUGAGAAAUUGACAAGUUGUCAAUUUCUGGAGUUAGGGACGAGCUUUUUUCUUUCCCCCUCUCAUUUUUCCAUCUUCUCCUUUUCUCGCUACUUUGACUGCUGAAAAACUGCUGCUACGUAAUGUCAAGAAUAGGAUUACCUCCGAAGAUACUGCUGUUACAGCGUCUUAUUUCGACUUUUCUGUGUUGCACACUUGCACACACAGACGAACAUGCAGAUAGAACGGCGAAAUCGGAUGGGUAUUGCAGCAGAAUAGUAAGGGCUCAGGGCACAAGAAAGGAUGGUUACAACGAAUUUAGACUUAGAGUAGAGGGUGAUCCGGAAUAUUAUCAACCUGGCAGCACCUACAGAGUGACUUUGUACACAUCCAGCCCCUCUUAUUUUAGAGGCUUCACACUCAUCGCCUUGAAGGAGGGAAAGGACGGUGACAAGGACAAAGAUUAUGCUGGCAAUUUCCAGAUCAUAGAUGAGGAGGACACACAGUUUAUGACCAGCUGCCCACCUGCAGUGACUGAAAGCACCCCAAGGAGAAGGACCAGGAUACAAGUGUUUUGGACGGCACCCCCUAGUGGCUGUGUCAUUCUCAAGGCAAGUAUUAUACAGAAGAGAACCAUUUAUUUCCAGGAUGAAGGCUCCCUCACUGUGAGAAUGUGUGAGAAAGAGUCACUUCCUGGAGAGGCGAUGGAGAAGCCCCUGCUGGAGUGCUGUGCCUGUGGGACGGCCAAGUACAGGCUCAUGUUCUAUGGAAACUGGUCGGAGAAAGUGCACCCUAAAGACUACCCCCGACGUGCCAAUCAUUGGUCUGCCUUGAUUGGAGCAUCCCACUCAAGGAACUACGUGCUGUGGGAGUACGGGGGCUACGCCAGCGAGGGGGUCAAACAGGUUGCUGAACUGGGGUCCCCGGUCAAGAUGGAGGAGGAGAUUCGGCAGAAGGGCGAUGACGUUCUGACAGUCAUCAAAGCGAAGGCUCAGUGGCCAGCAUGGCAACCCCUCAAUGUACGGGCAGCCCCUUCAGCAGAGUUCUCGGUGGACCGCACACGCCACCUUAUGUCCUUCCUCACCAUGCUGGGCCCAAGCCCUGACUGGAACGUGGGCCUAUCCGCAGAGGACCUUUGCACCAAGGAGUGUGGCUGGGUCCAGAAGGUGGUGCAGGACCUGAUCCCCUGGGAUGCUGGCACAGACAGCGGAGUCACCUAUGAGUCCCCCAAUAGGCCCACAGUCCCUCAGGAGAAGAUCCGGCCCCUCACUAGCCUGGAUCACCCCCAAAGCCCUUUCUACGACCCUGAGGGAGGUCCCAUCACUCCUGUGGCCAGGGUGGUGGUGGAGAGGAUCGCCAGAAAGGGUGAGCAGUGCAAUAUUGUCCCGGAUAACGUGGAUGAUAUUGUAGCAGAUAUUGCCCAGGAGGAAAAGGAAGAAGAUGAUACCCCAGAGACCUGUAUUUACUCCAACUGGUCCCCCUGGUCGGUGUGCAGCUCAGCCACCUGCGAAAAGGGCAAACGUAUGAGGCAGAGGAUGCUGAAGGCCCAGCUGGACCGCACUGUGCCCUGUCCACACACCCAGGACUUCCAGCCCUGCAUGGGGCCAGGCUGUAGCGAGGAGGAUUCCUCCACCUGCAUGAUGUCAGAGUGGAUCACCUGGUCCCCCUGCAGCGUGUCGUGCGGGAUGGGUAUGAGGUCCCGCGAGCGGUACGUCAAGCAGUUCCCUGAGGACGGCUCCAUCUGCUCCCUGCCCACCGAGGAGACAGAGAAGUGUGUCAUCAACAAUGACUGCUCCCCCAGCAGCUGCCUGGUGACAGAGUGGGGUGAGUGGGAUGCAUGCAGCGUCACCUGCGGACUGGGCAUGAGAAGGCGAGAGCGCAUGGUGAAGAUGCCCCCCUUGGAUGGUUCCCUCUGUAGCGCAGACGUAGCGGAGGUGGAGAAGUGCAUGAUGCCAGAGUGCUACACCAUCCCCUGCAUGCUAUCUCCCUGGUCUGACUGGAGCGACUGCAGUGUGACGUGUGGGAUGGGGAUGCGGAUGCGCCAGCGCAUGCUGAAGUCACCAGCAGAACUGGGGGAGUGUGUUGAGGAGCUGGAGCAAGUGGAGAAGUGCAUGCUGCCCGAGUGUUCCAUUGACUGUGUGGUGUCAGAGUGGUCUGAGUGGUCUGAGUGCAACAAGUCCUGCGGUAAGGGUCACGUGAUCCGGACACGGAUGAUCAAGCUGGAGCCACAGUUUGGCAGUGCCCCCUGCCCAGUGACGGUGCAGAGGAAGAAGUGCAAGAUCCAAAAGUGCUCACGGGGGCAGAAGGAGGCACGCGAGAAAUGGAGGAGUUCGCUGAGCCAGGACGAAACCGCCAAGGAGCACCAAGGGUGCAAGAUGCGGCCAUGGUCGGGAUGGAUGGACUGCACCAAGCUGUGCGGCGGCGGGAUCCAGGAGCGCCAUAUGGUAGCCAAGAAGGGGUCCAAGGGCCUGCAACCCCUCAGCUGCAAGGACAGGAAGGAGAUCCGUGCCUGCAACGUGUACCCCUGCUAGUGCCAUGGGGCAGGGAGGGGCUUGGAGGGGAUUUUGGUGGGGAGGAAGGUA